AUGGCAGUGUUCAGAAUAAGAAGAAUGAGGUGUUUUUGCGUCUGGUUGUUCCCCCUCUUAGUGGCCGUGGUGUGCGCCCAAAGUGUCAAUGACCCUAGCAAUAUGUCUUUGGUUAAAGAAACGGUGGAUAGGCUGUUGAAAGGUUAUGACAUACGAUUGAGGCCAGAUUUCGGAGGUCCUCCGGUUGGAGUGGGAAUGAAUAUAGACAUAGCCAGUAUAGACAUGGUAUCAGAGGUCAAUAUGGACUACACUUUGACUAUGUACUUCCAGCAGGCCUGGCGAGACAAGCGGCUGUCCUACUCUGAGAUCCCCCUCAACUUGACCUUAGAUAACCGGGUGGCUGAUCAGCUCUGGGUCCCCGACACCUAUUUCCUCAACGACAAGAAAUCGUUUGUCCACGGUGUCACAGUGAAAAAUAGAAUGAUCCGACUGCACCCGGACGGUACCGUACUGUACGGUCUAAGGAUCACUACCACUGCUGCUUGCAUGAUGGACCUUAGAAGAUAUCCACUGGAUGAGCAAAACUGCACACUUGAGAUAGAGAGUUAUGGUUACACUACAGAUGACAUAGAGUUCUACUGGCGAGGAGGAGACAAUGCCGUGACAGGGGUGGACAAGAUAGAACUUCCCCAGUUCUCCAUUGUGGAUCAUAAGCUCAUUUCCAAGAAUGUCGUCUUCUCCACUGGUGCUUACCCUCGUCUGUCCCUGAGUUUUAAGCUGAAGAGAAACAUUGGGUACUUCAUCCUGCAGACAUACAUGCCUUCUAUCCUUAUCACCAUCCUCUCCUGGGUCUCCUUCUGGAUCAACUAUGACGCCUCUGCUGCCAGAGUGGCACUAGGUAUUACCACGGUGCUCACCAUGACUACCAUUAACACCCACCUGAGAGAAACCCUCCCCAAAAUCCCCUAUGUCAAGGCCAUAGACAUGUACCUCAUGGGCUGUUUCGUAUUUGUCUUCCUGGCUCUGCUGGAGUAUGCGCUGGUAAACUACAUUUUCUUUGGACGGGGCCCUCAGCGUCAGAAAAAGGCGGCUGAGAAGACAGCUACAGCCAACAAUGAAAAGAUGAGGAUGGAUCCAAACAAGUGGCUGGUGGGGAAUGUGGUUGGCAGAGAUGAUACUCUGUAUGCAAGAAUGAAACAAAGAGAUCUUGAUGGUCAUGACUCGAUGUGGGAACCAAUCUUCGUGGAUGACGCAGCAAUUGGACUCGGGGAUCAAAAGAAUAAGAUGGACCCACAUGAAAACAUCCUUUUGGGCACCUUGGACAUCAAGAAUGACAUGGGCGUUACAGAGCUGGCUUUGGGUCUCAAUGACCCACGAAAUACAAUGCUGACGUAUGACAGCUCAACUUUACAGUACCGCAAAGCAGGGUUGGCCAGGCACAACUUUGGCCGAAAUGCGCUGGAGCGCCACAUGACUCAAAAGAAGAGCCGACUACGGAGGCGUGCCUCACAGCUAAAGAUCACCAUCCCAGACCUGACUGAUGUAAACUCUAUUGACAAAUGGUCGAGGAUGAUCUUCCCAACUGUCUUUUCCUUCUUCAACAUCGUUUACUGGCUUUACUAUGUCAAUUAA